AAAUACCUCGCGAAAAUUCUUUAAUAAUGUAAUUUAAAAUGAAAAAUUAUUACGUUGUCCAACAUCAAUACGAUAUAAAACCAACCAUGCUUUGAGCACAGAUUAAACAAUUGUUGGCGGCAAAAAUAUAAGACAAGUACGAAUUGACAUGAAUGAUACUGUAAAUUACGGUAGCGGUGAUUGAAGUAGCAGCUAGGGGUGAACUGGUUAUCGGGGAGUUUAGAAAAAUUCCUGGUUGCUCAGUAUUUGGGGCCGUUCUACGUAGGAUUUGAUUAAUGAAUUAAGAACAGGAGACCGGUCAUGUCGGUAAUCUUCCGGUAAAAAUUUAAGUCCCAGUCCGCCCCUGGUAGCAGCAGUAGAGAACAGUGGUGGUAGUGGUGCUGCCUAAUACUCUUUUCAGCCCUCGGCCGACAGUUCAGCACAGCCCGUAGUCUUCGACGGUUGCACGUCGUUCAAUCCGGCACACUUUUAUAACCAUUGCACACUUCCUACUAUCUCAUUCACGUUUUAUAAACAAUGCGACAAUCCACGGUUUCUUAAACGAACAUUUCUCACUUUUGCCGAUUCGUAUCUCCGUAAUUACGAUGCAACCAGCUGAUUUGUUGAGAAAAUUAAACGUGACUGAAAGUAUUUUGUGCCAGUGAAUCUGAACAUGAUAUUUCAAAGGAUUUGACCGAGAAAAUGGAUUUUAUGCCAUGGAUUGUCUAAGUGUCCAACAAGAAGAAGUAAUGCAGAUAAAAGCGGAACUCUCGUAAGAACAGCGGAAUCUCGAUCAUCGUCGAAGAUGUCGAAGAAGAGGCGUUAGCAUGAGCCACACCACUGCAUUCAGAGUACUGACGCUGAUCCUGAUCCUCGGUGAUCUCGAGUCGAUCACGGUGGUGAACCACCAUCCGGACGAAGAAUACUUUCUCGAGCACGAGGUCCUCUGCGAGGAGGCAAUUACGGAGGCGAAGAAGCUGCAGCUCUAUCCUGCCGGUACGGACAAGAAAGGUCCUAUCCCAGGAUGCAAACCCUGCACCAGAUCAGAGAUGACUUACUGCAAAGAUGGAAGCGUGAUAAAUGAUCACUGUUGUUGCGAUGGCAACUCCAACGAAACGACAAGACGCGCCAAAAUAUGCGUAAUCUAUAAGCGAAGAAGUCGAUGGUUGGUAGGUUGCCGCAGAACUUGGCCCAGUUGUUCCCCCCGCGUGAGAAUGACGCGUGAAUUCGUGAAACACCUUCGAAUCCAGCUGAACGGAAGGACAAUCACCUGUUCAGGAAAUCAUCGUUGUUCGUUCGUAACGAUUGUUCAUCGUAACGAUCUAUCCUUGUCAGACACGCGCUUCUAAAUGCGCUGAGACGCGCAGGGUGGUUACACAUACCAGGUGAUUCACGCAAAACGACCGGCCGUUAACAGGGACACUUAGGUAUUCCGCGCAUCCGUCGUCCCAACUCUUUAGUACUCUUUACGUAGUUAUCGGCCGUUCACCUCUAACACCAUUUGCUCGAAUUUCUAAUUAGCAUAGUUUCUCCGAUGGCCUUGCUUCUCACACACGGACAAAAGCGCAAUUGGUCUGCUUAAAAUCAGUUCCUCUUUCUGUCUAUCUUUGUCAUUAUAUUUAUCGCCUUUUUAUUGGUAAUUGGUAAUUGGUAGAUUGCAGAUAUCACGAUUAUCGAUUUGGUUUUUUGAAAAUAUAUUCAUAUUUACAAUUAAACGUCUG